AUGAAGUUCUUCGCCACCAUCGCUGCUCUUGCAGUUGCAGCUGUUGCUGCCCCAGUCGCUGAGGCCGAUGCUGAGGCCGCCACUCCCGUUCUGAUCGAGCGUGCUGGCCCCGGUGGCAUCAACUACGUCCAGAACUACAAUGGCAACCUUGGACAAUUCACCUCCAACACCAACGCUGGCACCUACUCCAUGUACUGGCAGAACGGCGUCAGCGGCGACUUCGUCGUCGGUCUCGGUUGGUCAACCGGUGCCGCUCGCUCCAUCACCUACUCCUCCAACUACCAAGCCACCGGUGGCUCUUACCUCUCCGUCUACGGCUGGAUCAACAGCCCCCAGGCCGAGUACUACAUUGUCGAGUCCUACGGCUCGUACAACCCCUGCGGCGCCGGCCAGUCCGGUGUCACCCAGCUCGGCACCGUGUCCAGUGAUGGCGGUGUCUACACUGUCUGCACCGACACCCGCACCAACCAGCCCUCCAUCACUGGUACUUCCACCUUCAAGCAGUACUGGUCUGUCCGCCAGUCCAAGCGCACUUCCGGCACGGUCACCACUGGCAACCACUUCGCCUACUGGGCCAAGUACGGCUUUGGCAACUCUUACAACUACCAGGUUCUGGCCGUUGAGGCUUUCUCUGGCUCUGGCAGCGCCAGUGUUACUGUCUCUUAG